AUGUUGAUGCUGACCCUGUUCGGCACGGCUUGGAUGGUACUGCGCAUCGCCGGCGAUGCGAGCAGUCUUGCUGCCAGGACACUGUCCGGCCAAGUCGUCAGCUCGUUCAUCUACCUUGUGCUCACCAUCGGCUUCUGCUACUACGCGUCGGCCAACGAUGAGGGGUAUUGGAAGCGGAAGGGCAUCAAGGAGACUGGGGGCUGGCCAACGCCGGCCGGCGGGAAUAAAAGCGGAAAGCCCCCGACUACACCCAGCCCCAAGCCGUCCAGCAAGUCGACUAACAGCCAGGCCCAGGCCCCCAAUAAGGACGUCGUCGCGACGCCGACCAUCGUGGCGGCGAUU